GUCAGAGACACGUUCACCUCGGCGUUCGUUAAGAACCUGAUGGUGGUUCUGGUCUGGCUGCUCCUCAGCUACAUCAACUGGAGCCUGGUGGCCACCUUCUUCAGACACCAGACUUUUUAUGAAGACCCUCGCUACAUCCUCUUCAUCCACAUGGUGAUCAACGACGGCGUCCAGCUGACCGUCACCAUCACGCUCUUCAUCCUCAGCUACGUCUUCUACCGGAUCAACGUGUCCUUCUGCUGCUUCUUCAUCCUAGUGGCCGUCUUCACCACCAGAAACACGCCGGUCAACCUCGCCAGCAUGGCCAUCGAGCGCUACAUCGCCAUCUGCGAGCCUCUCCGCCACCCGGAGAUCUGCACGGUGCGGAGGACUUACAUCGUCAUCGGGAUGAUCUGGUUUAUUUGCGCGGCUCCGGAUAUCACCGAUCUGUUCGUGACGCUGGCCACCGAGUCCAUGAGCUUCUUCCACGAGUCGGUGUUCUGCUUGCGGCAGAACGUGUUCAAAGACCCGAUCCUGGCUCAGAAAAGACUAGCCUUCGAUAUCAUCUACUUCUCCGGCGUGUUCCUGACGCUGGUCUUCACAUAUUUGAGGAUUCUGUUUGCAGCCCGGGCCUUAUCCACGGAGAGAACGUCGGCGAAGAAAGCCAGAAACACCAUCCUGAUUCACGGGGCCCAACUGGCCAUGUGCAUGCUGUCCUACAUCUCCCCGAGCGUGGAGAUCGUCCUGAGGCUGAUCUUCCCGGGACGGGUUCUGGAAAUCAGAUACGCUAACUACCUGAUCGUCUACAUCCUGCCCAGGUUCCUGAGCCCCUUAAUCUACGGGGUCAGAGACAAGAAGUUCAGGAAGUACUUCAGGACCGUACUUUCUGUGCAACAGGUGCCAGGUUGA